GUGUAUUCCGACGCGUGGACUGGUCGUGGAUAUCACCAAUCUUGCCUUUGAAAGGAACGAACAUAGAAACGCUAGACUCUCCUCUAGAAGCCUCUCCACAAUUCUUUUAGACUUGUUACAUACUUCGCUACUUUAGUUAGGACAUGAAUUUUAUGGGUACUUAUUUCUUAUAGUUACUAAGAGCUACUUUCUUAUGAUUUCAUUUCCCCUAUGGGAGUAGUAGCAUACCGAGCUCACCACAAUAGGCGCAAAUAGUCUCACUUUAAGAGCAGUGCCCAGCGGGGAACGAAGUUCCGGCUGGGUCUAGGUUCGUGCUCGGGUUGUAGGUGGACCGCGCGACCCGCGGGGAGGUUACGCGAGGGCGUCAGCAUCAGCUGCCCAGUUGGGGCGAGUUGUCUCGCGGCUGGUCGCCAGGAACUAGGCAGGGAUAUGCCUAGCGGAUCGCUAGCGUAUGGGCCCUGCUUGGGCAGUUUCUAGAAUGUUCUCGCGUAAGAACAACGCAGGGUAGACGUGCACUACCUAGGGGAUAAAUGUAGCUGGACAGAAAACGGCAGAGGGUCUCGUCGGUGGAGUCGAGAGACUGAGCGCUGUUCUUACUACAAGUUUAGCGGCGUGGUCACUCUGGUGGUGAGCAAUUCAGGGGGUUGCCAUGGAGUGAGGGCAGUGGAGCCGGGUGGGCUUGUCUGUGUCUUUACUCGGCUAGGUGCCUGGACCUGGGUGCGGAGGUACUCAGGGUAGGGGGACAGGAGGCCAGGAGCGUCGGCACUUGAUAAGCAUGGCGCUGGUUGUGCAAGGGGGUGGCACAGUGGCGCCACCGCGCCGGACAGCACACUUACGAGGAGGGUGCUGACGCUUUAUCGCGUAGGAGGGGCGACGAAGACCUGGCCCGAGGUGUCCAACGGGUCCCUUUCCGUGUUCGGCUGGGUUGUGAGGAAUAAGAAGGCACUCCUCUGCUCAUUGCCGAAACUUGUGAAAGUGGUCCCCGUCUUGACUGAGAGUCAGCAGGUUGGUGUUGCUGCUACUGUGUAGGAACUUCGGGCAGAUCUGACCUUGGCGGCGGAGCUGUGUUCAACUCCUGCUGCCACAGCGACCAACGCGCGGGCCGCGAGCGUCUAGACUGAGGCCAGUCGCAGGCCGGCUAGUUUUUUCAGUGAGGCUAUUAUGCCAGCGCGAGUUUGGCUAAGUAUGCACAAUUUAACACCCCGCUGCUUCUGGCCCACAUUCAUCACACACGCGUGGCCACACAUGACAGACAUAGAAGCUACGCAUGUUCUGUUUACUCUACUCCAAAAAUUCUCAAAGUUCAAACGUUUUCUAAUAAAUUCUGCAAACUAAAACUCUUUUCAAUUUACCACGCAAGAAAAACCACGUACUGUUACAAACAUCCUAC